GGCCCGCCAUAAGCGUGGCUACACCAGUAUUCUAUUACUCUGCUUCGGUCUUCACUAAUCGCUAGAGGGUGUUUUUUUUUUCCACCCCAAAAAUAGCAGACAGCUGAUCACUGAUUAUCGCCAGCCAUCACUGAGACGAUACUGCCCUUCUCUGUCGCGAUAAUCAUGGCUCCUUCGAAAUUCGCCUCUGUUGAAAGUGCUCCUCCAAUUGAAGUGUUUGCUCUGAACAAAGCCUAUGUUGAGGACACAUUUCCCCAAAAAGUAAACCUUGGAGUUGGAGCAUACAGAACAGAUGAAGGUAAGCCUUGGGUACUCCCAGUUGUCCGCCAUAUGGAGCAGAAGCUGGCUGCUGAUGAAACUUUGAACAAGGAGUACCUUCCCGUCUUGGGAUAUGAACCUCUAGCCAGUGCAGCAACUCGCAUGUUGCUUGGUUCAGACUCAGCUUCACUAAAAGAAGGCAGGGCUACAGGCAUCCAGUGUUUGAGUGGAACAGGAGCUCUACGUGUUGGAGCUGAAUUCCUUGCUCAUAUUGGGAAGCAUUCAAUUGUAUAUUCAUCUAAUCCCACAUGGGGAAAUCACAGUUUGGUAUUUUUGAACGCUGGGUUUACCAGUUAUCGUUCCUACCGCUAUUGGGACGCCGCCAAAAAAGCAUUAGAUUUCGAUGGUUUGAUGGAAGAUCUACGCAAUGCCCCAGAAAAUUCCGUUAUCAUCUUGCAUGCCUGCGCACAUAACCCGACAGGCGUUGAUCCUACUCAGGAUCAAUGGAGGCAAAUUGCUGAUUUAAUUGAAGAACGUCGAUUGUUUCCUUUCUUUGAUUCUGCGUAUCAAGGAUUUGCAUCUGGAGAUUUGGAUCGCGAUGCCUGGGCCGUUCGAUAUUUUGACUCACGUGGAUUUGAAAUGGUCUGCGCCCAGUCAUUCGCCAAAAACUUUGGACUCUACAAUGAGCGAGUUGGCAAUCUGACUUUUGUUGCGAAAGAUCGAUCUGUUAUCGAGCCUGUUCGUUCGCAAAUCACUCUUCUUGUUCGAGCUAAUUACUCCAAUCCCCCUAAUCAUGGUGCCCGUAUCGUGGGAACAGUGCUAAACGACCCAGUUUUGACUGAGCAGUGGAAAAGUCAUAUUAAAACAAUGGCCGAUCGUAUUAUUUCAAUGCGUCUUGGCCUGAGGGAACGCUUGGAGAAACUGGAAACUCCUGGAACUUGGAACCAUAUCACGGAUCAAAUUGGAAUGUUCUCUUUCACAGGACUUGGCCCUCUGGCAGUUGAUAAGUUGAUUGCUGAUCACCAUAUAUACUUACUCAAGGGUGGUCGAAUCAAUAUGUGCGGCUUGAAUACUGGCAAUAUCGAUUAUGUGGCGAAGUGCAUCCAUGAAGUGGUGACUACUACCCAAGAAGCUAGUCUUUGAAGCAAAAUACCACGUGCAAAAAGACGUAGUAAACCAGCAGUGCUGAACGUUUUACUUCGAUUGUUCUUUUUACUCAGUUUUUAUAUGUAUAGUAGCAAUAUCGGUGUAAGUCUAAUCAUAAGGUAAAUAUAAUUCAUAGGUUCAGGCCGAAA